UUAGACGAGCGGAGUUGGCCGAACGUUGAUGCCAGAAAUCGGUUUAACUCCCGAUAAAGUUGUUCGAUAUAUCGAUAAAAUAACAUCCGCGAGAGAAUGAUCGUGGACGACGGUAAAAAGAAGAGAUCCAAAGUGCGUGCGAUAAGAGUGCAAGAGGUCGCGGGCGUAUCGAAUACCGUGCCAGAAUGACCUAACAGCAGUCUCGAUCGAAACCGUUCGUCGUUCGCUUUUGCCUCUUCGCGUACGAGUGCUCUGUGGGAUUCGUGACGAGGAUAACGAGAAACAACGAACGAAAGAACAUGUGGAGUGUACUGUUGCUCGUCGGACUAACGAAGGCUGUUUCCUACGUCGCUGGGAUCGCUUCCACCGUCGACGAGAAAUCGGUUCCAUUGGUAAACAUCAGCGUCGUGGAAGGAAAGCCAGCGGAAUUACCAUGCGACAUCACUCCACCGGGAGAGGACACCCUGCAUAUGGUGUUUUGGUUCAAGGACGAGGCCGGCGUACCCCUUUAUACGAUCGAUGCGCGAGAGAAGCCGGUGACCAAAGCUCAACACUCGUCCGAUUCAGGCGUGUUCGGUCCUCGAGCGUAUUUUCGAACCGCGUUCCCGAGCCCGGCCGUUUUGGUGAUCGAGGACAUCAAGAGACACGACGCGGCCACCUAUCGUUGCAGAGUCGACUUCCGGAAAGGACAGACUCGCAGUUUCCGCUACAACCUCACCGUGAUCGUGCCACCGGAACAGCCAACUAUUCUGGAUCAAUGGGGCAGGAUAGUGAACGGAACAGCGGGUCCCUACGAAGAGGGCGACACACCUUCCCUGACGUGUCGAGUAACCGGCGGAAAACCGGAGCCUAUGGUUCGAUGGUUAGUCAAUGAUCAGGUGAAGGACGAAGAGUACGAGAAGAACGCUGGCGACGUUAUAGAGAACAGGUUAAACUUGCAACCGAUCACCCGAUCCGAUCUCGGAUCGAAUUUCACCUGUCAGGCACGAAACACGGACCUGAUAGAGCCAAAGGAGUCUUCGAUUAGCCUGGAGCUGAAUCUGAAACCUUUGACGGUGAUGAUAAGAAGGCCGGGGAGAAAAGGAGUCGGAAACGAAUCUCUGCUGGCAGGAAAACGAUACGAGGUGGAAUGCGAGACCACGGGUUCGAGGCCGCCGGCGGUGAUCACUUGGUACAAAGGACGAAGAAGACAACUAAAGCACACCACGGACGAGCGAUCAGAAAAUCGGACAGUGAGCAUGGUGGAAUUCGAACCUGGAGUGGAGGACCAUGGGAAAUCGAUCACCUGCAGGGCUGAAAAUCCGAACGUGACGGGACUAUUUGUUGAGAGGUCCUGGAAAAUCGACGUCGUCUAUCCGCCGAUCGUGUCGUUGAACCUCGGAUCGACCUUGAGUCCGGAAGACAUCAAGGAAGGCGACGACGUCUACUUCGAGUGUCACAUUAGAGCCAAUCCACCUUGGUCCAAGUUGACGUGGAUACACGACAACCAAAUAUUGGCGCACAACACGUCCGCCAGGAUAAUCUGGUCGAACCAGAGCCUGGUGCUUCAAAGCGUGACGAGGAGUAGCGCCGGCAAGUACGUGUGCGCCGCGACGAACGACCUCAACGAAACGAGAAGCGAACCCCUCCAUUUUCGCGUCAAGUUCGCUCCGGUGUGCAAGGAAGAUCGAAUCAUAGUCGUCGGCGCGUCCAGGGGCGAGUCGUUGGACAUCGUUUGCAAAGUGGAGGCCGAUCCACCGGCUCACAAUUUCCGAUGGAAGUUCAACAACAGCGGGGAGACGUUGGAAGUAGCACCGGGCAGAUUCUCUAUGGAGAAGUCGAGCGGUGUUAGUGUGCUGCGAUACACGCCAACCACCGAGCUGGAUUACGGCACUCUGUCGUGCUGGGCGGACAAUUUCGUCGGUACACAGGCGAGACCGUGUCUCUUCCAGCUGGUAGCCGCCGGUGAGUAUUUACCGGAUCUCGGUAAACGUUAA